AUGCGACGGUUCGUCUACUGCAAGGUGGUUUUGACCACUUCUUUAGUGUGGGUGCUGGUGGACGUGUUCUUGCUACUCUACUUCAGUGAGUGUAACAAAUGUGACGAUAGGAAGGACCGCUCACUGCUCCCUGCCCUCAGAGCAGUGAUAUCUCGAAGCCACGAGGGUCCAGGUGAGAUGGGAAAGGCAGUGAACAUCCCCAAGGAGGACCAGGAGAAAAUGAAGGAGCUCUUUAAGAUUAAUCAGUUCAAUUUGAUGGCCAGUGACAUGAUUGCACUCAACAGGAGUCUGCCGGAUGUGAGGUUGGAUGGCUGUAAGACCAAAGUGUAUCCAGAUGACCUGCCAAACACCAGCAUUGUCAUCGUGUUUCACAACGAGGCGUGGAGCACCCUCCUGCGGACUGUACACAGCGUCAUUAACCGCUCUCCCAGACACUUGCUAGUGGAAAUCGUUCUAGUCGACGAUUACAGCGAGCGAGAUUUCUUGAAGAAAAAGUUGGAGAACUACGCGCAGACUCUGGAGGUGCCUAUGAAGAUCCUGAGGAUGGAGCAGCGUUCGGGUCUCAUCAGAGCCAGGUUGAGGGGGGCAGCUGCCACAAAAGGUCAGGUCAUCACCUUCCUAGACGCUCACUGCGAAUGUACCAUCGGCUGGCUGGAGCCCCUGCUGGCUCGCAUCAAAGAGGACAGGACAGCAGUGGUAUGUCCUAUCAUUGAUGUCAUCAGCGACGAGACGUUUGAAUACAUGGCAGGCUCAGAUAUGACCUACGGUGGAUUCAACUGGAAGCUGAAUUUCCGCUGGUACCCUGUUCCCCAGCGGGAGAUGGACCGACGCAAGGGUGACAGAACACUUCCAGUCAGGACCCCCACCAUGGCAGGAGGAUUAUUCUCUAUAGACAAAACAUACUUUGAAGAAAUAGGAAGCUACGAUCCAGGCAUGGAUAUCUGGGGCGGAGAGAACCUAGAAAUGUCUUUCAGAAUCUGGCAGUGCGGCGGCUCUUUGGAGAUUGUUACAUGCUCCCAUGUUGGCCAUGUUUUCCGAAAGGCCACCCCAUACAGCUUCCCUGGUGGAACGGGCCAAGUCAUCAACAAGAACAACAGGCGGCUGGCUGAAGUCUGGAUGGAUGACUUCAAAGAUUUCUUUUAUAUCAUCUCACCAGGAGUGAUGCGGGUGGACUACGGAGACGUUUCUUCCCGUAAAGCCCUCCGUGAGGCCUUGAAGUGCAAACCGUUUUCCUGGUAUCUAGAGAACAUCUACCCAGACUCCCAGAUCCCAAGAAGAUACUACUCGCUUGGUGAAAUCAGGAAUGUUGAGACCAACCAAUGUGUAGACAACAUGGGACGAAAGGAGAACGAGAAAGUUGGCUUUUUCAACUGCCACGGCAUGGGUGGAAAUCAGGUGUUCUCCUACACGGCGGACAAAGAAAUUAGGACAGAUGACCUCUGUUUGGAUGUUUCUCGUCUCAAUGGACCUGUCGUCAUGCUCAAGUGUCACCACAUGAAGGGCAAUCAGAUGUUUGAGUAUGAUGCCGAGCGCCUCACCCUGCUGCAUGUGAACAGCAAUCAGUGUUUAGACAUGCCAUCCGAGGAAGACAAGAUGGUCCCCACCCUAAGAGACUGCAACAGCAGCCGCUCUCAGCAGUGGCUGCUCCGUAACAUGACCCUGAGUGUCUGAUCCCUCACCUGGCAACCCCCCCACCCCUCCACACACACACACUACCACCAUCACUCCGUCCUCAUGUUAACCAGUCCAGGCUCUCCACACCUUCACCAGGUGGCUCUUACCAUGCACAUUGCCUCUUCCUGUAACAGCCUGGCCAGUGUAUACGGAGAUUCAUUACGGAGGUGUCUGCUUUUACAACUCACUUCAGGGUUGAGAGAAGCUGCACCUGUCAUUCGGGCGACGUGACGAGCUGUAGCACUGGGGAUCUCGUCAUGUCCACAAAGGGAGAACGAUGUGUGAGGUCUGAUUGUGUACACAUGGAGAACACUGAUAUCAAACCACACACUGUGCGGACCAGCUGCUUAGCUGUGCAUCCACUGUGCUUCUCAGACUGCUGCUUAACUGGUGGACAAACAAUUAAAUUGAAGAGCAUCUAUAACAAGAACAUUUUAAGGCACGUUUCUGCAAUGGUCUGCGCUGUAAUGACCUUCCUUGUGU